AUGAUGGCAUCAUCCAUUAACAUCUUGAAAGCCGACUCUGUUCUUCGUCUCAGUACUUUUUUAAAACGUUGGAAACCCGCAUGGCUAGUUCUUUAUGGGAAUGGUGAACUGCGAUACUUUGAAAGUAAGGAUGAUUAUGUAGCGAAAGCGACUAUUAAUGUUCCACGAGUUUGCAGGGAAAUUCUGUCUGGUCAUCGAAAUAUCGAUCCACCUAAAGAUCGUUCUAGCGAGUGCAUUUUCGGCCUCAGGACAGAUGAAUCUGACUGGUAUUUCUGCGCCCAGUCACCUGAUGAUGCAGUGGUAUGGCGUCUUGCUUUAUCUGAAGUAAAAGGAAUGUCCAUCCCUCGUUAUCGAGUUCGUAUGCCACCUCCAGAAGCUCCACCACCAGGUUAUACAGAUGGCACAAACUACUAUCAAUACGCAUGUCCUGCUGAAACCACAGUUCCUUUAUAUCAAGCUUCUGGAGGAAUACGGGAAGUACCUAUUAUAUAUCGUGGUUCAGAUGGUCAAUAUAUAAUGCCUCGACAAAUUAUUGAACAUCCUGAUGGAUCACGUACAAUUAUACUUGGUGAUGGUAAUGAAGUUCCAUGUCAUUGUCGACAUGGUUAUUAUUGUGGUUGUGGUUAUGGUUAUAGUGUUGGUGAUGCAGCUUUAUUAGGUAUAGCAGCUAGUACAUUGAUGUGGUCUCCUUUCUUAUGGUCACCAUUUUUUUGGUGUUAA